AUGUCUGACGAUUACCUGGACUUCUGUCCUAUAGUUGACGAAAUCAAGUCGAAGAUGGCAGGCAAAUCUCAGUUCAACAUACCGCAAUGGCCAUUCAAAAUGACGUCUGAAAUGAUGCAAGACAGCCACCCUUCAUCACACGAGUACACCGAGUAUCUGGAAGGCUUUACGAGGCGCAAGCGCAAGCAGGCCAAAAGAGAGUCUUUGUUAUCCGAUAUCAGCCCGAAAGCCGCUCGCUCCAAUGCCACUUCGUCUGUCCCGCAAAUUCCUUUGCCUGCUUUGAAGCCAGCUCUCGGUGCCUCUUCAAAUGACGCUGUUGCCCCAGUCUCUCAGCCACCUUCAACUGUUUCACACGAAAUCAACGCUGAAAAACUUUCGACUGCCAUGCCGCCAGACUUGUCUGAAUACCAGCAGCGACUGUGGUUCUGGAAACUUGCUGGUGGCAACAGUCUCUUCUUUACACGCCCUAUCAUCGGCCCUUUCCGGAUGAAGGUCCCGCCACACGUUUCAUUCGACACCCGCAUCAGCGGCCCAGACCUUCUAGACUGUGCGGAAAUCAAGUCGUCCCUACUCCCGCGAAGUUGUCGUCUCAAGGCAGAGAUUAUAAUGGUGGACAGCAACGACGACAAGCCUGGCGUGGUCCUUACUUUAGGAUUUAAUAAAGGGUACGGAGAAAAGGUCUAUGAUCGGGUCGAGCUGCUGAGGUUCUGGGGUGGUAUGACGGACUGGCUCCACCGGGUUUACGAUGGAGCAUCGCUGUCACUGUAUCGCCAUCUUCAUGACUCGCUUCUGUCUCGCAACGGUAACGUCAGGGUUGUUUCUGACGGCGUUUCGCUUUUGCACGCCAAGCACACUGAGGUUUGUGGCUUUAGAGACCAGCUCAACAUGGAGGGUCUGAGUGAGGAGGAUUGA